GGGGCGGGGAGAGAAAACCGCCUUGUACACUAAAAUUUUAGGACAGGAGACGGAGAAAUGAGAGGAAAAGAAGAGGGGAGGGGGGAAGGGCGAGGGCCCUGCUUCUUCCCCUCUGCUUCCCUGGUUCCUUCCUGGGAGACUCACGCCAGGGCUUCCUGUUGGCUUUCCCCAUGACUAAAGUGCACGGGUCCUGCCUCAUCACGGCCGCUGCCCGCUUGGCUGCCUCUCCCCAGUUCCUCCAGCGUCCUUAGAGUCCGGUGGGCCUGCAGACCUGGCACACAGCACGCCCACCUGCCUUUGUCACACCCACACCAACGAGGGUUCUCUGUGGUGGCCUGGCAGGCUAGAGGGCUGCUGGGUGUGCAGACGUUCAAGCAUGGAAGGGUCCAUCCAGCUCCUGGCUUGCUUGGCAUGUGUCCUCCAGAUGGGAUCACUUAUGAAAACUAGAAGGGAUGCUCUAGGGGAUUUACUCAACACAGAGGCGCACAGCGCGCCGGAGCAGCGCUGGUCCAUGCAGGUGCCCGCCGAGGUAAGCGCGGAGGCGGGCGACGCGGCGAUGCUGCCCUGCACCUUCACGCACCCGCACCGCCACUACGACGGGCCGCUGACGGUCAUCUGGCGCGCGGGCGAGCCGUACGCGGGCCCGCAGGUGUUCCGGUGCACCGCGGCGCGCGGCAGCGAGCUGUGCCAGACGGCGCUGAGCCUGCACGGCCGCUUCCGCCUGCUGGGCAACCCGCGCCGCAACGACCUGUCACUGCGCGUCGAGCGCCUCGCCCUGGCGGACAGCGGCCGCUACUUCUGCCGAGUGGAGUUCGCCGGCGACACCCACGACCGCUAUGAGAGCCGCCACGGGGUCCGGCUGCGCGUGACCGCUGCACCCCGGAUCGUCAACAUCUCUGUGCUACCCGGCCCCUCGCACGCCUUCCGCGCGCUCUGCACCGCCGAGGGGGAGCCCCCACCUGCCCUCUCCUGGUCCGGCCCCGCCUUGGGCAACAGCUCGGCUGCGGUGCGGGACCAGGGUCGCGGUUACCAGGUGACAGCCGAGCUGCCUGCGCUGACCCGGGAUGGUCGCUACACAUGCACUGCAGCCAAUAGCCUGGGCCACGCGGAGGCCAGCGUCUACCUGUUCCGUUUCCAUGGCGCCCCCGGAGGAGCCUCGACUCUGGCGCUCCUGCUCGCCGCGCUGGGCCUCAAGGCGCUGCUGCUGCUUGGCGUUCUAGGUGCGCGCGCCACCCGCCGACGACUAGAUCACCUGGUCACCCAGGACACCCCUCCACGGUCUCAGGCUCAGGAGUCCAAUUAUGAAAAUUUGAACCAGAUGAACCCCAGGCCACCAGCUGCCACGUGUUUGCCGUGAGGAACUCCUUGGGCAUCAUCAACCAGUCGUGCACCAUGAGAAAUGAAAGACACUACCAGGCUAGACCUGCACAGCUCCUCCUAAUUCCCAGGUUUCUUGGCAGCUGUGGGCCAGGUAACUUCCAAGGGGACCCAGGACGCUGCUCACAGAGGCUCAGAGCCCUGCGGUAUUAUGCCAUGGAGCCAACAAUCUGGAUGUAUAUGUAUAUGUAUGCCCACAUGAGCCUCAGCACGAAACUUCUGGAAAAACUACUUUGUAUUUUUCUUACUUAGAACUACAUAGUAAAGCAGAUGGGAAACUAGCCAUAAGGUCUAGAGGUCCAGGCUCCAGCCUGCUCUGGCACCAACUUGCGGUAUAGACCAGGAGACUUUCUUCACAUCUCUGGGCCUCAGAUUCUCCACGACUGGCCAGUUUGUCUAGAACUGAGGAAAGAGUAGAUGUGACGGAGCAGUUAAACUACAAAUCUGUCUCAACCGUGGGCCUUUGGACAUGGAGAAUUGAGAUAAGUGUGGCACCGCUCAGCCUUUGGAGACCGAAGCACCCAGACAACAAGCCUGGGGCUGGAGCUGUGCCCAGAGGAACCGCCAACCCUGGAAACUUGAUAGCAAGAAGAGGCCUGGAGCCUUCUGAGAGCUCCACAGGGACUGUCCCAGCCCUCUGCUCAACUGAGGUCCUAUCAGCUGAUCCACACUGCUUUGAGCUGGGACCUACCAGGAGAAGGAAACCGAAGACCCCUUAUCUCAAAGCAUCUGGAAGCCAUAUGUCAAGAUCUGGGAGACCUGAAGGGGCACUGGGCUCUAGAGAAUAUGGCAGCUGUGGCUCUGACCUCUCUGUGCAGCGUACACCCUCAUGGGAUGCACCAAAUCCAAGGGCGCUGGCAAUUUCUCCCCACUUGUCUGAGCCCAGCCAGGUUCACUUCAAGAGUAGUGUUUUCCUUAUUUAUAUUUCAGUGUGCAUUUGUUGAUCCUGUGGAAGAAGAGGUGUACUUGGGACCAAGUAAGCCACAAGACAGGAGGCUAAAGAGACCAUGUUUUUCCGGGGACCAAUGUUAUAGGCUGAGGGCAGUAGGCUUCCAGGGUUUCCUCAGCACCAGAAUCUCAGCCAAGGCAAAUGGUUGAUGACAGCUCGUAUGGUUGAUGACAGCUCGUAGUUAUCUCAGGAUCCAGCUGUUAAGAGAUCAUAGGAGUUGACAUCUGGACCUCCCUGCAAAGCAGAGCAUUAGAGUGUCUCCAGCAAGGGCCUUGCAUUACCAAGGAAAGAUAGGGACAUGGAUAUGGUGUAGAGUAGCACAUCAUUGGUCUUUGAAGCUGUUUUCAUAUCCAAGCGAAUUAUAUGAAUUACUGCGUGCAUACUUCGUUGUGUUAGGAAUUGGUAUCUGAGACUGAAGAAGACAUCAUUAUCAGUCAGGAUAAGCUAGGCUGCCCUGCAGCAACAAGCCCUAAAAUCACAGUGGCUGAAAAUGGUAUUUGUUUCACAUUGUAUUAGUCAGGGUUCUCUAGAGGAACAGAAUUUAUAGAAUGGAGAUAUAUAUAUAUAUAUAUAUAUAUAUAUAUCAGAGAGGGAGGAGGGAUUUAUUAGAAUGGCUGAUAGGCUGUGCUCCAGCUAGGUCAAUAAUAGCUGUCUACCACAGGAAAGUCCAAGAAUCCAGGAGUUAUUCAGUGCACCAGGCUGGAUGUCUUGGCUGGUCUUCAGUAUAUGCCAGAAUCCUGAAGAUGUAGGCUCUAAUGCCAGUGUAGGAAUGGACUUGCCAGCAA